AUGCAGACAGAACGGAACUAUUUCAUGCAGCUUUACAAAUGGAAGCUAGACUCUUUAACGGACAUAAUCAAGAUAGCCAGAGAUUACUACAGUGACCCAACAGAAAUGAACUUGGCCCACUGGAAUUUACUAAAGAGAAAUCUUUCAAAAGAGUAUCAAAGCUUUGCGGAUAUCAGGAUGAAUGUUCAACGAAUUCCUGAUUACUGCCCUCAUUUCACCAUCGCCCUUGUAUUGCUGCAGGUGUUGAUGCUCACUGUGCUGUGUGUACAGUACGACUUCUCAGACGCAGGGUUAGUCCCAGAAGACACAGUUAGGGAAGACAUUCCAACAUUUUUGGGUACAGAGACCUUCACUUCCCCGGUCGAGUCAAACAUCUGGCUGGGGCCACCUAUACGCUCAUUUAUUGAGGCAGGGGCAGUAAUAGCUUCGUGUAUGAGACCACUGAAGCAACAAACGACCAGCAAGGCAAAACAUAAACAUAGGGCGAUGAAUGAGAAAAACCGAGAAUAUUUCGGCUGCUGUGAAAUGGCCUCCCCUUUCAAUACGGCGGGAACAACCACAGAGGCUGAGUGUAAGAAUCUAACUUACGGGCUUGGCAAAUGGACGAGGGGUGUUUGGUGCAGUGAGAGGUCAGUCACCGAGAAAAGCGUGGCCCACGUAAUCAAGCCUUGUUGCUCAGGUUUCAGUGGUGAAUGUUACAUGUGUUCUCAAGGAGAAUGUGACAACAUGGCAGGAGUCUUUCAUUCAGAGCUCGACCACUGUGUACAAGUGAACUGUUUAAAAGAGAUGUGCAAACUGGCCGACAGUUCAACAGAUGAGACUCCUUGGAUGCUAGGACCCAACACUCGAUGGCAAUGGUGGCGGUAUCUGACAGCCAUACCCUUAACUUACGGAAUCAUUCAUAUUUUAACGCUGACUUUCGUACAACUAUUUGUAAUGCUGCCCCUGGAGAUGUGUGUUGGUUGGCCCAGAGUGGUUAUUGCCUAUGUGGGCAGCUCAGUAGUAGGAGAAAUGGUAGCGAACACGAUGGAACCUGUGUCUCCACAUGUAGGCUCCACUAGCGGCGUUGCAGGAAUCCUUGCCGUCGCCGUUCUAGAAGUGUGUCAAGCUUGGAAUUUUCUACAGUAUCCACUACUGGAAACUAUUAAAUUGUUAUCAAUUAUUUUAUUCAUUUCAUUUUUGGGUACGUGGCCCUUGAUCAGCCUUGCAUCUUUCUUGACCGGCCUUAUCACAGGCGCCAUUUUGGGUUUCGUUGUGAUUCCAUACAUAAUAUUUGGUGACCGACGGGGCUAUAUCCGCGCCCGUCUGGUCUUUUUCGGAUUCAUACUCAUUAUUUUAGGGGUUGUCUUUCUUCAGUGGUUCCUUCCUUUUCUUGAAACAUGCGAAUUUUGUCACUUUAUGGAAUGUUUGCCUCAUAAAGGGGCAUUUUCAAAUGUGAUUUGA